CUAAUUUUGAGCCCGCAAUACUGUAGAAUGUUUCAACAUGGCGACCUCGAAAGGUGCGAACACAUACAAUCGUCAGAAUUGGGAAAACGCGGAGUUUCCCAUUCUUUGUCAAACAUGUCUUGGCGAUAAUCCUUAUGUGCGAAUGACAAGGGAAACAUAUGGCAGAGAAUGUAAGAUAUGUGCCCGACCAUUCACAGUUUUUCGUUGGUGUCCUGGAGCACGAAUGAGGUUUAAAAAGACAGAAGUCUGUCAGACAUGUUCAAAGCUAAAGAAUGUUUGUCAAACAUGCUUACUUGAUCUUGAAUAUGGUUUGCCAGUACAAGUCAGGGACCAUGCCCUUGGUAUGAAAGAUGAUGUUCCAAAAUCUGAUGUUAAUAAAGAGUAUUACACUCAGAAUGUAGAGAAAGAGUUAGCAAAUUCAGAUGGCACCACACCUGGUGGAACACUUGGUAAAGCCAAUGCACCUAGUGACUUGCUAUUGAAACUGGCCAGGACUACACCCUAUUACAAAAGGAACAGACCUCACAUCUGUUCCUUCUGGGUGAAGGGGGAGUGUAAGCGUGGAGAUGAAUGUCCAUACAGGCAUGACAUGCCCACAGACCCCAAUGACCCUUUAGCUGAUCAAAAUAUAAAGGAUAGAUACUAUGGAAUGAGUGAUCCAGUAGCAACUCGGUUACUCAAACAGGCAUCUUCAAUGCCAUCCCUUGAGCCUCCUUCUGACAAGUCCAUCACUACUCUGUAUGUAGGAGGAUUAGAGGGAAAGGUAGAGGAGGGUGAUUUAAGGGACUACUUUUACCAGUUUGGUGAGCUUCGAUCCAUAACAAUGGUUCCAAGACAGAAUUGUGCAUUUGUCUGUUUCACUGCACGAGCAUCUGCAGAAACAGCAGCAGAACGCUCUUUUAAUAAACUUAUCCUUAAAGGACGGCGACUGAAAAUCAUGUGGGGCAAGUCACAAGGACAGCAACCUGCCCCUGGAAAACAAGGAGGCUCUUCUCUAGCCCCAGUGCCAGGAUUGCCUGGAGCUCUUCCACCACCUCCUGCAGAUGACAAAAGCCAAGCAAACUUUUUCAACCUCCCUCCAUCCUCAGCACCACCAGCAGGUCCCCUCUCUGCUAUACCACCCACCUUACCUCCUCCUCCUGGGGGGCUUCCAGGCAUGCCUCCUCCUCCAAUGGGGCACCCUUUACCUCCACCACCAGGUGGCUACCCACCCCCUCCUCCAUUUGGUCAUCCACCAUUCAGACCACCUCCCAUACCUUUUUAUGGGGCACCACCCCCACCUCACAUGCCUCCUCCUCCUAGACAUGGUUUGCCACGCCUUCCACCUGGUCCUCCACCAAUACACUAUCCAUCUCAGGAUCCUCAUCGUCUGGGUGCAGGGAAAAGUGGGGAAGGAGGUACUCGUCCACCAGCCCCAGCAGCUGCGAGCUCUUAGACUGCUUAUCAAGAAAGUGUAACUACAGCUUAAUUUGCACAGAACACAGUACCAGUAUUUGGAACAGACCACAAUGAAACAAGCUCUUUACAAUUUAAUGAAGUGUACAUAUAUUUGUACACAGGGGACACUGGAACUUUGUUGAAGCAUGUGAUAGUACAGGAAGAGGUCUUUGAGUUAUGAAUGUAGUAGAAUCUGAUUCUUGUCCUUAAAGUAAGCAUUUUAACAGUGUACUUUCUCAGUUAUUCUCUUAAAUUGUGAGAAAGAAUACACAGAACUGUCAAGCAGCAAGAGUGAAGGUGUCAUAGUUAAAUUUCUUCCUGUGGCUGUUCUGCUUUCAAGGCUCCUUUUAUGUGAAUAGUAAAGGGCAGUUUAGGGUAACUCUGUAGCUUUCUUGAUUAGCAAGAAGUUGUUUUCAUUUACAAUUCUUACAUUUGUGUGAUUUUUUUUACUGGUUACUGCCAACUUUCAAUUCUAUGCAUCAUUUGUUAAAGUUUUUUAGCCAGGUGAAGUUGUUGAGGGAUUAAAAUAUUCCAUUAACUUUCAA